AUGUUCUCGGUGUUUGUGAACGGAUCUCCCACUGGUUUUUUUGCGAGUUCGCGUGGUUUGAGACAAGGAGACCCCCUAUCGUCCUUCUUAUUUCUUAUUGUCAUUGAGAGGUUGAGUAGAUUAAUGAAAAGAGCUGAGGAUCUGGGUUUUAUCAGGGGUUUCAGAGUUGGUAGAGAAGCUGCCAAUCAGAUAGAGAUUUCCCAUUUGUUAUUCGCGGACGAUACCUUGGUUUUUUGUGAUACUAACGUCUCUCAAUUGAGAUACUUAGGGUGCAUUCUUACUUGUUUCCAAGCGGUGUCCGGUCUUCAGAUCAAUGUGGGAAAGAGAGUGAUUAUUCUAGUGGGGGAUGUUCUAGAUAUCUCUUCUUUAGCUGCUGUUCUUGGAUGUGGAGUGGGCGCUUUUCCACUUCCUUAUUUGGGACUGCCUUUGGGGGUUUCCUCUAGGAUAAUGGGGAAUUGGGAUCCGGUGAUCAAUAGAUUCCAUGCUCUGUCGUUAAACGGAUUGAAAAAAUUCAGCGUCACUUUCUUUGCGGUGGAAGAAGAGAGGAAUUCAAAUAUCAUGUUAAUUGGGACCAAAGCUUUAUUGGGUAAGUGGCUAUGGAGAUUUGGUAAAGAGCGUCAUCGUCAGUGGAGAAGAGUUGUCUCGUGUCGAUUUGGGGAGGAGAGUGGGGGUUGGUCCUCUCGUCCUAUUUUUGUCAUGGGAGACGUUGGAGUGUGGAAAUUCAUUCGGAAGAUGUGUUUUCCACCCACAUCAGAUUCAAAGUUCGCAAUGCAAAUGAUGGUGAGGAACACUUGCGACAGGCGGCGAUGGUUUACGAGUCGUACUACUGAUGCAGUUAGUAAUACAACUGACGUUGAGAGUAAUGUUUUUUCUUCUAAUGCAGCUGGUGAUGCAAACAACGUUGAGGAUCCACGUAAGUGUUUGUAA